GUCCUAAACAUAUACUAAAGUCACACCCACUCGAUGAGGAGCUGCUCCUGGUGGUUUCGGUUAGAAUUGGGAAACCGCUGCACGCCAAAGAGAGCAGGCGCAUCGAAUUCCCAAGAGCCAGAGCCAGAGAUAGGAUCACUAAUUAAGAAUUUUCCUUCUGAAAAGAGAACAACGACCGUUUUAAAGUCCCCGUGCCUUUUCCAAAAUGGACGCACAUAAAGUUUUGCAGACUUUUUUUAUUUUCUUGACAUGCCUUGAAGCAGCACAUCCUCUCUGAAAAUCUACAUUUUGGAAACAACGGCGGGAAUCUCAGGGUGUCAGAAGUUUCCAGCAAUGCAGCAGUUACAUCCAGCAGUGUUUGGAGCGCUUAAUAAAAGCAGAAGUUCUCCUCAGGAACUUGGGCUGGACGGAGGGAAUAACUGUUUGGUUUUAUAACUUCUGUGCACCCUCUCCUCCUCUUUUCUCUCCUCUGCCUCAGCCUUUGGAGUCUGAAAGAGAGUGGAUAAACGAUUUAUGCGGAUAAAGUAACGUACAAACGCUUGAACUCGAAGGUUUUGAGACUUCGGUGAUACAGAAUAUCCCGUCAGAACUUCUAGAGUUUGUAAAAGAAAGGAAUGCUGAACAGAAGAGGCGCAUGGAGAGAUGCUGUUUCUUCUACCAUGGAUCUAAGGGGCACUGUAGCGGUUUUAGUGCUUUUGCUUCUAUGCUUGUGUCCCGUUUUCAGUCAAGAACUCAAUCCAAAGGGUAGGAACGUGUGCAAAGUUCCAGGGUCAUCAGAGAUUACGUGUUGCAGCAGAUGGGCGCAGCAAGGUGAAGAGUGUUUAACACCUCUCUGUGAAGGCAACUUCACUUGUAAUGAGAACGAGGUGUGUGUCCGACCGAACGAAUGCCGGUGUCGUCAUGGAUAUUUUGGGGCAAGUUGUGACACAAAGUGUCCCGCUCAGUUCUGGGGUCCGGACUGCAAGGGCAUGUGCACGUGCCACCCUAACGGUAAAUGUGACGACGUGACCGGGAAGUGCACGUGCUACCCCAACCGCUGGGGUGAAAACUGCGAGAAGUCCUGCAACUGUCAGAAAGGGAAAUGUGACCAGGAGACGGGCAAAUGCACCUGCCAUACUGGUUACUGGGGACCGCAGUGCAACAACAACUGCUACUGCAGCACCAACUCUGUGUGCGAUCAGACGGGCCGCUGCAUCUGCAACCCUGGCUGGUACGGCCGAAGUUGCGCUGCUCAAUGUCUGUGUAAUAACUCGCCUUGUGAGCAGUAUUCAGGCCGAUGUCAGUGUAGGGAGAGGCUUUGGGGUCAGCGCUGUGAGCGGUACUGUCAGUGCGUGCAUGGGAAGUGUAACCCGGCUGAUGGAUCAUGCACCUGUAAACCCGGAUACAGAGGAAAGCUAUGCCGGGAGCCGUGUCCAGCUGGGCUCUAUGGACAGACCUGCAAAAACAGGUGUGGCCACUGUAAAGGCCAGCAGCCCUGUAAGGUGACGGACGGUCGCUGUGUAACGUGUGAGAGCGGCUGGAACGGGACAAGAUGUGACCAGCCGUGUGUGGAGGGUUACUUCGGAGAGAACUGUAAGGAUCAGUGUCCACCGUGCAAAGACGGUCACUUCUGCAACCGCAUCGAUGGGAAGUGCUCCCACUGCAAUCCCGGCUGGAUUGGAGAUCGCUGUGAGGUGCGCUGUCCUAACGGCACCUAUGGAGACAACUGUGAAAAAGACUGCAGCCACUGUUUUAAUGGAGACUGCCAUUUUGCCACAGGAGAGUGUCUCUGUGACCCUGGCUUCAAUGGGACAUACUGCAACCUGACCUGUGAGUUCGGUCAGUUCGGAGUGAACUGUGCCCAGACCUGUCCAUGUCACGACAAGAACUGCAACCCAGUGUCAGGGGCCUGCAACCUAUAUCCUAAUCAGCGGAUGGGAGUAAUAGCUGCUGGAACGCUGGUAACAUUCCUGCUGGUGGUUCUUCUGUCUCUGCUGUGCUGCUGCUUCCUCUGUAGCAACAAAGACAACCGCAACCCUGACCAGGAAAACUCCACCAACAGCAAGAAGGCCAAAAUAAUCCUCUGUGGUGGAUUCAGCCGAAUCAGCACCAAACUCCCCAGAAUCCCUCUGAGGAGACAGAAACUACCCAAAGUUGUUGUCACCCACCACGAUCCUGAAAACACCUUCAACAGCAUUAUCGAGCCGCCCUCCGUAGUGGACCAGCCUUCUCCAUCAUGGUCUUCCCAGGAGUCCUUUUCUUCCUUCGAGACGAGCGAAGACGGGCCAGUUUACUGCAUACCCCACGAAGAGACUAUGAACGAGAGCUGUGAGAAGAAAGGUUCUGGCCCUGCUCAAGAAGUAUCCUCAACACCCAAUGAUGAGGACGCAGGAGAGUACACGUCCCUCAAAGACACAAGAGAAACAACAAAACAGUACGUCAGCGACGGAAGCGAGCAGCCUCUCCUGAAAUCUUCAGACAGCGAGGGCUCCACCAGUGGUUCCGAGUCAACCAUAGGAGCCGUUUACGCCCAUGUCGCACGCCUUUCCAAACACUCCAAAGAGGAGGAGGACUCGGCCUCACCGGAGAAGGCGAAAGAGAAGACGAAACCUCGUCCUCCAGACCCGUCCACCAAACCGAAGGUGUCCUGGAUCCACGGAACAUCUGGAGCCAACCCAACAGAGCAAAGCCAGACUCCAUCACCACAAAAAGAGAAGAAGAAGAACAACAACAACUCAGAAGGUUCUGGAAAGGCUGAUGAGAAGCAGCGGUUUAAGGAGAAGUCGAGCAAGAACAUAGAAAAGCAUCAGGACGGGAAGAAGACAGAUGGACCCGAAUCCCCAAGCAAAAGCAAAUCUCACAAAGCUUCAGAUACCAUAGAGCACCUCAACGGAACAUUCCAGAACGCCCUGAAGAAGAUUGGAAACUUCCACUCGGACAAGAAAACAAACGACACCAACAAAGAGCCGCCCAAGAGCCCAAAGAUCAUGCAUCCGCACAUGAACUCCGAGGCCGCCACGCUACUCGCGGCUCAGCUGAAGGAGAAGACCCAAAGCCUUAAUCGGAACGAGGGGCUCACGGUGGGCUUCAAACCCAACGGUGUUUCAACGCCUCAAGCCAACCGAGAGAAACCCACCCCUCCUCAAAAGACCAAGCGCUCUGCAACUGGGACCAACAAGCCCCUUCUGCCCACCUCCGGCAACCUCCAGAAGAUGGUGGCUCCAAUUUCAGACUCUUCUCCUGAACCUAAAAGCCCAGAAAAACAAGGCCUUAAUGGGACCAGAGUUGAAGGAGAUGCCACACCAAAGAAAACACCCAUCAAAAAACCACCGAGAAAGAAAGGAAAGGAGGGAACACUGGAGACGGAAGGCAAAACCACUCCAAAGACGGCCAUCAUGCCACCUCAGACUGUCAAAUAGAUCCGCUUUGAUCACAUCGGUGCGUCUGUUUUUUGAGAACAUAAACGUACAGUUUUUCGAUAUAGGAAUUGGAUGGAUUGUUCUUUAAAUGGACGAGCUGCUUAUAGGUUUUAAUAUUUGGAAGGACUGUGGUUCUCGUUAACUCUUUGAAGUCCUGGAAUCGGAAACGACGCCGUGGCUUGUGUACAGUAUUGAAAAGGAAGAGUAAAUGAAUUUAAUGUAAUAAGCUCUUUUUGUAUGCUCUCAGUUUUACAUAUGCAUUACUCAACGUCCAUUGUUUUGAAUUUGCCACCGCUAUCGUAAUUGUCUGAUCAGCAGGUUUGUGUCUGAAAUGUGUAUUUAGCACUGUAUUCAUUGGUGUAAAGAAUGAACUAAAGGUACUUCAAAAGGUACAGGAAGAAUGAUGCCAUUAUUCAUUUUCACUCAGGCCAUACAGUAUAUUCAAUACCUUGUUAAUGAUGUCAUGAAGGAAAUUGUCUGCUUGGUUUCUGGGACAUACGCAUUCAUCAGUUCUAAGUGCCUAGCAUCAUGCUUUUUAAGCUAAAAACGUCCGUAAUAGUCGUAGUCCUGGCUAAUCCACAGUGAUAUCUAUCCUUGCUGCUGAAUCUAAACACUAGGUUUUUCCCUUCUUCCGUAAAGUACCCACAAUCGGUAAUGCAUUUUAUUCAUGACAGAUAAAGAC